CGCCUCCCGCUGCCUUCGCGCACCGCGCCGGCGCCCGCGCGGCCGCGCCCUCUCCGCCCCUUGUCCCGCGUCGGCGCGUCCGGCCGGCGCCCGGCGGCCUCCCGGCUCCCAUCUUUGUUUGGGGAUAAAUAGGAGGGACAGAAUGAGAGCGGCAGUAAGGGCACCCCCUCCCCACAGCUGCUACUCCCGCCGCCGUGCCACUCUAUUGGACGCGCGCUAUGUGCUCGACCAUAUGCCGCAGAGGCGCGCGCCGCCCCGGACCGCUGGCCUCCGCGCCCCGCCGGCGGCCGCGGCCGCGUCCUCCCGGAGGACGCCGCCGCUGCGCGUGGCUGGGCGCGCCGCCUGCCCGGCCGCUUCAGUUUCAUAUUUGUUCAGGACACUCCUGCCAAUUCCAACAGCCUUUCGCUCGACAGUUCGUGUGCGGUUGACCUCACCUGCAUUCUUGCCAUCAAGACGAAAUUUUGAAGGCUAUAUUCCUCAGAGCUGCUCAGGUUCAUCAUUGCAGAUCUAUAGCCAGUCAUCCCUGCUAUCUCUCUCACCAUCUUCAGCUCUCGUGGUGUCCUCCCAGCUGAACUCUUCGGAUGUUGCUCAGCGAUCAGAGGAAUGGUUUGCUCUCCGCAAGGACAAGCUCACCACAAGCACCUUCAGCACUGCCUUGGGCUUCUGGGCUGGCAACAGACGGUCAGAGCUGUGGAGCGAGAAAGUAUUUGGAUCAACAGAAAUCAAGUUGGAGGAUGCGGCGAGGUCUGCCAUGAACUGGGGCACGGUGAAUGAAAGUGUAGCCAUAGAGCAGUACACAAGCAUCACCGGACGGUCAGUGGGUUCCCUUGGCUUCGCAGUGCACACUGAGGCCAACUUUGGCUGGCUCGGAGCUUCACCUGAUGGUGUUCUAGGGUGUGACCCAGACGGUGGGAUCCUAGAAGUCAAGUGCCCGUUCAACAAGGGUAAGCCUGAGCUCGCUCUGCCAUGGCGCGCUAUGCCAUACUAUUACAUGCCACAGGUGCAGGGCCUGAUGGAGAUAAUGGGCAGAGAUUGGGUCGAGCUCUACUGUUGGACUCCCAACGGAAGCAGCGUUUUCCGAGUACCUCGAGAUCGCGGAUACUGGGAGCUCAUCCAUGAAGUCCUGCGUGAUUUCUGGUGGGGGAAUGUGAUGCCGGCCCGGGAGCUGGUGCUGCUUGGUAAGGAGGCCGAAGCUAGAUCCUUUGAACCACAGCCCAAGCACCGGUUGACAAACCUGGUGAUUUUUAGAAGCAGGAAGCUUGCUUCUGAAGCCAAGUUGUUGUGCAAGGAUAUUGGCGGUCAUGUAGAAUUCUUCCCAUGAUUAGCUCUGCCAAUGGCUGCACACUGUAUUCUGAUUAUUUAUUCUUUCAAUCAAAAACAUUUAAUUGCGUGACUAGUUCUCAAAUCGUUGGUGUUUUUACUGCGGUUUUGGAGCGUAUAAAAUGUUCCAUGAUACGUCUUGUCGUAGUUCCACAUGUUUUCUCAGAUUUUCAUCCUUGAAACAGGUGGCAAUGAAUCAAGCAGACUUGCAGAUUAGCCAAA